CUCCUUAUCAACCCCGCCACUUUUUUGUCUGUUUCGUUCUUGUUGUUGUGUUGUGACUCUUUUUUUCAAAUAUGCCUCAGAACGAGUAUAUCGAGCGCUGGCAGAAACAGCACGGUAAGCGUCUCGACCACGAUGAGCGCAUCCGCAAGAAGCAGGCCCGUGAGGGUCACAAGCAGUCCAAGGAUGCCCAGAACCUGCGCGGUCUGAGGGCCAAGCUGUACCAGCAGCAGCGCCACAAGGAGAAGAUCCAGAUGCGCAAGCGCAUCAAGGCCCAGGAGGAGAAGAACGUCAAGUCCUCCGCCCCCGAGGAGCCGUCCAAGACGCCCCUGCCCCAGUACCUGCUCGACCGCUCGCAGGCGACCAACGCCAAGGCCCUGUCCAGCGCCAUCAAGGACAAGCGCAACGAGAAGGCCGCCAAGUUCGCCGUUCCCUUGCCCAAGGUCAAGGGUAUCAGUGAGGAGGAGAUGUUCAAGGUCGUCAACACCGGCAAGAAGACCCACAAGAAGUCCUGGAAGCGCAUGAUCACCAAGCCCACGUUUGUUGGUAAUGACUUCACCCGUCGGCCUGUCAAGUACGAACGAUUCAUUCGGCCGAUGGGUCUGCGUUACAAGAAGGCCAAUGUCACGCACCCCGAACUGGGUGUUACCGUCCAGCUUCCCAUCUUGUCCGUCAAGAAGAACCCCCAGAACCCGCUCUACACUCAAUUGGGUGUCUUGACCAAGGGUACUGUGCUCGAAGUCAACGUUUCCGAACUGGGGCUUGUCACCACGUCAGGAAAGGUCGUUUGGGGUAAAUACGCCCAGGUCACCAACAACCCUGAUCUCGACGGCACCGUCAACGCCGUCCUCCUCAACUGAACCCUUGAAACCCUUUCACCUCCCCUGUCCAAACGACCAUGACAAACGGCUCUUAUCUCCGUCCACCCCGUUUUCCCUAUCUCUGACACCGGUUCUUCCCUUUCUCCAUGCGUUGGUUAUUGCUGCUCGGAUCAUCGUGAUUUGUAUUCUGUCUCGAGCCAGUGGAUAUACUUUUCUUCACCCGUUCUCAUCGGGGGGUGCGGCGUUUGUGGCGCGCAAAGUGUGCUUGCUCUUUUCUUUUUUCACAUUCUUGACUUUCGACCCUUUUUUUUUCGUAUCAAAAGAGAUUCCCGUUCUGAGAUCAUCCUCUGUGAUCUGAUCUUCGUCCUAGGUAGACUAGCUAGCUAUAAAAUUAUAAACAGAU